GAUGAGGACCGGGGCACCCGAGGCCAUGCGGCCAUGGAACUGAGGCCCCCCAGCACCAUCCCCCAGCCCCAUGCCAUGUGGUGCGAGGAAGCCUCAGCCUCACUGCUUCCUGCUGCAGCAGCUGCUGAAUUUCCUGCAGGUCCCUGAGCCCUGGCCACCCCAGCACGCUCAGUUGCUCUGGUCCCCAGAGUCCCCCCAGUCCCCUGUACCCUGGGACCAGGCAUUAGCUUCCCCAGCACCAGGAACUGGGGCAGCACAUGGUCCUUCCACUGCUUGUGGACAGAUUUGCCAUGGUUGGGGAAGGAAUGCAUGGCCGUGGGGCACAGCCUGGCCAUGGGGCAUUGUCAUGGCUAUGGGACACAGCCUGGCCAUCCAGUACAACAUUGUCCAGUGAGUCCUGGCCCUGCAGGCAGGGUCCCUGCUGCCACCCAUGGCACCACUGCUCAUCUCCAUUCCACCACAGCCCCAGGGCCAUGCCAGCCAUGGGGCACGUCCACCCUGACCCCCAGUCCUGUGUGCCCUGCAGAUGGCGAGAGCUAGGCUGUAGCGUGCCCAGGUGCCCUGAGUGGGGUGAGAAUGCUGGCAGGGCGGUGGCGGCUGGAGGGGCGGCGGUGGCAGCGUGCCGAGCCAGCUGUGGUGCUCUGCGCCCUCUACAACUACGCAUACCGUGCCGAGGAUGGGCGGCAUGUGGCCAUGGCUGCUGGCGAGCAGUUCCUGUUGCUCCACAAAGCCAAUGAGGACUGGUGGCAGGUGAGACGGGCCAGUGAGCCCCACUGGGCUCGGCCCUUCUUCGUCCCUGCUACUUAUGUGACCGAGCUGGACCCUAGUGACACUGGGAGACGGAGCAUGCUGCCCCCCAGCCAGCCUGCAGGCACAGGCCCACCACCGCAGUACCACUCACUGGAGGACCUGUGUGGCCCACCUCCACCAUCCCCUCAGGAGGCCAAGCUGACCUCCAUGCGUCCCACGGGCCACUGCAUCAGCACCAGCCAGCUGGCAGAGGGGGCCCUGCCCACCCCAGCUCUGCUGAGGUGCCAGUCGCAGGAGGAGCUGCUGGCCCAGGGCACUGGGGUGCCCCCCCGGGAGCUGCCAUGAUCUACUGCAACCUUGAGGAGCUGCAGCAGGCGGGGGCGCAGGCUGAGCCCCCUGUGCCAGCCGCGCCCCCCCUCCAGGUUUUGGGGGCCUGGGAACGUCACCUGGACCCCACCACUGGUCGCUGCUUC